CUGCUUCCUUCGUCCGAAAUGAUCGGCUGCAACCCUCAUUUUUCUCUCUUCCUAAGUGCGUGCUUCUCUCUUCCGAAAUCGCGAUCUGACUGCUUUUCUCUUCCGUGAAUCGCCGAUAAUCUGCUUCUCUCUUCCGUUAAUCGCCGAUCGUCUGCUUCUCUCUUCCGAAGUCGCGAUUGUUGCUUGUCUCUUCCGAUGUCUCGAUCACCUUCAUCUGUCCUCCGAAGUGGAGUAUGUUUGAAAUAUUCAGACCAGCUUCACUUAGGAAAUCACCUCACAUGUGGUUACAAACCAUGUACAAAAUGGGUGGAGGGAGACCCAAGAAGAAAAUUUACCAUAGAGUUGAUGAGCUGGACCGAGUUAUGGAGCUUCAGAAAAAGCCGUCAUUGAUUCUACAGCUAAAAUCCAUAAUCGAGUCUCAAAGAAACCAGAGCCUCCUUCUGAGGGACCUUGAGAAGGAAGUUGGGUUUGUUCAGAAAUGGAAUUUCAUGAAUGUGAUUGAAAAGUACCCUACAAUUUUCUAUGUCACUUGUGCUGGUGCGGUUAUGCUGAGUAGAAAAGCUAAAGAAAUUCCAGCGGAAGAAGGCCAAGUGAGAGUGGAAAUGGAGCCCAUUCUGAUUAAGAAUCUGUGCAAGUUGUUAAUGUUGUCAGUUGAUUGUCGGGUGCCAUUGGGAAAUAUUGAUUUGAUUGAAAAUGAAUUGGGGUUGCCUGCUGACUACAAAAAUUCUUUGAUCUCAAAAUACCCAGAAUUUUUCUUGGUGAAAAGUGUUAAUGGUAGGGAUUAUCUUCACUUGGAGAAUUGGGAUUCUUCAUUAGCAGUCACUGCCAGGGAGGAAAGAUCGGCGUGUGAAAGGGAAUCGAAGUUGGAAGAGGCGGGUAUAAAGCCAACAAGAACAUCCAAAGACGGGAACUUUUCUGGCCCUUUUGCAUUUCACUUUAGUUUCCCUGCUGGAUUCAGGCCAAACAAGAGUUACCUCGAGGAAGUUGUGAGAUGGCAGAAGAUGGAGUUCCCAUCUCCAUACUUGAACGCUAGGAGAUUCGACAUUGCUGAUCCAAAAGCUCGGAAAAGAGUGGUGGGCGUGCUUCAUGAACUCCUGAGUUUGACUAUGGAGAAGCGGCUCACGUCUGCUCAACUCGAGGCAUUCCAUUCUGAAUAUCGUUUGCCAGCCAAACUCCUACUUUGCUUGAUCAAACAACACGGUAUAUUUUACAUUACAAAUAAAGGUGUAAAGAGUAGUGUAUUCCUAAAAGAGGCUUACAGUGGAUCCAAUUUGAUUCACAAAUGCCCUCUUUUGGUGUUUAGGGAUAAAUUCAUUGCACUGAUGGGUAGAAAGGACAUCAGUUCAUACUAGCUAUGCUUAUUACAAAUCACAUCAUUUUGUAAUGUUAUUACAAUAAUGUCUUAUGAAACGGAAGGCACAAUGUGAUGAUGAGGGAUAGAUUUCUGAACUGAAUUGUUACACAGUGGUCCAUCACUUUCAAUCCCCUAA